AUGGAUAAGUGCAGUGACUUGCGUGAGGCUCGUUUGCGCGGGCAACGAGGCCGUCUGGGCCGGUUUAUGGUCGAGCAGUUUGUGAACGGUGUCGUUUACAAGUACGGCUGGAUCGUGCAGUGUCCACAGCGGCUGCCCGUGGAUCCUGAGCAGACGGCGAGGUUCUUCCAGUGUCUACUGCAGCGUGCCCAGUUUGCCGCUUCGCAAUUCAAGACCGUCUGUUGCAUCGUCAUCAAGUUUCUCGAGAGUUGCGCGACGGAGAGUAACUACAUGGUCGCGCUGAAGCACGACCUGCACAAACUGAUCGUCACUGCGUUUGUGCUGAGCGUGCCCAAUAACUACAGGAACGACAAGGACAAGAUGCUCUCCAGGGAGUCCUGCUACGCGCAUUUCGCCCGUUUGACAGGGUUGUCCACAAGGGAACUGACAAACUGCUGCUCCGUAGUACGUCCCGUAAUCAUACGAAGGAACAGGCACAAACUUAAAGCCGCGCAACGACUCACGGCAUCGUCGUUGGCGAGUCUCCACGGGUUGAAUAACAGCAUGACUCUGAACGAUUUCAACGAGGGACGAGCAUCCACCACCGGGUUGGCUUCAGCAUUCCCGAACUACGCCUGCGGUCAAGAAGAAAUAGACGGACGGUCCUCCAUCCCGAGCACGCCGAGUCCGACAGACGCACAGGCCAACGGGGCACGCCGUCCAGUGGACAAUGGCAGCUACGUCUCCGGAGACGACAUCGACCAGUUCAACAAGGCGGGCAGAAGGCUCGUCGCAGAAAACUUUACGAUAGUCCAGUAA